AUGGCCUCCUACGGAAAGUGCGUUGAAACUGUGAUCGAGCAACUGGACCGAUUGAAACCUGAGAAGGACGGUGCUGAGCAGCUCCUGGAGGCUGCCGCCGCCCUGCAGACUUUCAGCCCCCAGAAGCAGGCGUUCAUUUUGGAGGUGCUGUCCGGGUGCCUGGAGUACCGGCAGCUGCUGACCGUCGUGGUGGACGCCUUCUACGUGCGGGACGGCAGGCUCUGCCUCUGGGCCGACUACAACCUCUUCCUGGUGAUCUGCUACCUGGCCACCUUCCAGCUGGAGGAGCUCGGCUUCCAGGUCUUCCGGAGCAUCGUCCGGUCCCAGCCUGCGGACAAGAUGCGCAAGUUCCUCGGGUUCUUCUUCAACCCCUUAAACCUGUGCUCGUGGGUCAAGGACGAGUGGAGCCUCGUCUACGAGAUGGCGCACGUGAAGAGCUGGAUGGAUCCCCUGCUGAGAUGGCAGCCGGAGGUCCAGGAGCUCAUCAGCCAGCUGGAGGGGGCAUUGACCACUCAGCCCCCUUCUUCAAAGGCUAAGGUCACAGAGCCCAAGAAGUUCGACCUGACUGUCCCCAGACCCCGUGCCAUUCCCAUGCCUGAGCCUGUCCCUGUCGUGGCCAAGCCAAGACCAGUUCCCAGGAGCACCUACCGGUCACCCAAGGAGUCGCAGACGCUGGGGAUGACCAAGAGAUACAACCGCCGGAAGGCCGAGGAGCUGCUGCUGAGGGCGAACCUGGAGGAGAUGCGGUGUGCGGUGCCCAGGACCCACAGGAGGCCGCCCGCGCAGGGCACCGAGAAGCUGCGACUGCAGUUCCCUCCCCGGAUCCGAAGGACCCCGAAGCUGACCUUCUACAGGCCGAACGAAGUCCCGGUCAAGCUGAACACGGCUGCCAUCCUGCGGGAAGGAGCCUUGUACCAGCGGCAGGUGGAGAAGGAGCUGCAGAGGGUGGACAGGCUGGUGGACGGGGCCGGGGACUUCUCCGAGUUCCUCGAGUGGCAGCAGAAGAUGCUGGCGAAGGACCGGGAGGAGCAGCUGGCGGCGGACGCCUGCCGGAGGCUGCAGGGGAAGCUGAGCCACGAGGAGGCCGCGCUGGCCCGGCAGCAGCUCCGGCGGGAGAACCAGCUCAAGGCCCAGCAGAAGAAGGAGGAGAUGGCUGAGCUGAUGCAGCAGUGUGCCGAGAGGCGCCUCCAGGAGGAGAGGUCCAUGAAGGAGCUGGUGGAGCAGGUGACGGAGGGGCAGAAGAACAUCAAGGCGGCACAGAUGAAGCUCCUGAAGGGCCGGCGGCAGACAGUCCAGGAGAUGACCGAGGAGAGCCAGGCACUGCUGAAGCGCAGUGCAGAGGCGGCCAGGGAGGAGCAGAGGCGGCGCUAUGAGCUCAUCUCCCAGCUCCGAGCCCUGGAGACACAGCCUGUUUGCAAGGGCAAGCUGGUGGACCUGACCCAGGUCCCCGGGCAUGGCCUGGAAGGGGAGAUGUCCCUUGUGGAGCUGCGUGAGCGGCUGGCCCUGCUCAAAGAGGCCCAGCAGCGUAAGGAAGCGGAGAGACGAGACCAGAUCAUCCAGAGCAAGCGCGCCCAGAGCCAGGAGCUGCAGAAGGUGCUGGAGCAGAUUUCACUGUGCCGCGCGGCCAUGGGGCGGUCUGCAGCCUUGAGGUGGGAAGAGAAGAAAGCGGCGGUCCAGGAGCCGGCCCCCCAGGACCAGCGCGUGCAGGAGCUGCAGCGCAGGAUCGAGGAGAAGGUGGCCGAGCGCCGCAAGCAGGCGGCCCAGCUGCAGGCGCCGGCGCCGCGGGCCGUGCGCCCCCAGCCGCGGGCGCAGCUGGAGGCGCAGCACUGGCUGCAGCUGGAGCGGAGCCGCGAGCGCAGGCUGCGGGCGCUGCAGAGGGAAGGCUCGGGCUGCGCGCCCACGCACCGCCUGGAGGCCGCCUAA